AUGCCUACUAAAGAACCAAGAGGUAACUUCAGCACCAACGCGCCUCCUUCCAUGUCUCCAGGUGAAAUACAUUUGAAAGCCUCAUUACAAAAUUCUAGCUCCCCCAAGCAGCACGCAACCUCCUUCCACGGCCCCUCCGGCAACGGAGGAGCCGACUUCACCCUCGUCGACGACGAACACCACAACCACGACUACCACGGCUACUACUCCCGCUCCGAGCACCAGCAAAAAAAUGAGCAACAUGUCGUCCAAUUGGAAAAAGAGCGCUGCAAGCGCCCAGCCGCGACCGGCCAGCCGAAGAUGCGCAGCGUGCAAUCUGAUACCCCGCCGCUCAACAUUCAAAUCAAAUUGUUCUACAUUCAGAUUGUUGGAUUGGAAGCCCAGACGCAGGUGCUGUCGACGAUAUACCAGAUAAAAAUGAAAUGGCGAGACCCCCGACUCGCUUGGAAUCCAGAAGAUUACGGUGGCAUUAAGCAAAUAUACCUCAGCGAGAGUUUGCUAUGGCUACCGGAUACGAAUGUUGGCACUGCCACCGGCGCCUCCAUCACGCGCCCGGACGAAAUUCGAGCCCUCCAGGUCCUAAAUACCGGGCGCGUCAAAUGGCCCACGCAAUAUUUUACCGAGAAUAUCUGUAGGAUGCAGGUAUCAAAAUUCCCCUUCGACACCCAGAUCUGCACGAUCCCAUUUUUAACCUGGGCCUAUGAGGCAAAAUUCCUCAAUCUUACUGGUUCGAUGAGUGAUAUACAAAUUCAAAAUCAGGGCAAUGGCGAGUGGGACUUGAUAGACCUAACCACAAUUUAUACGUCGUACGGUCAGGGUGAAGAUGGGAUUGCAAAGAUGAACUACCAACUAACGCUCCGAAGAGUCCCGAACUUCUACGUCUACGUCAUCGCAAUCCCAUGUUUUAUUCUCACGAUGCUCUCGGCUGUUGGGAUGUUUUGGACUCCAAACUACAAGGCGGAACAGUUGACCAAGACU